GGUGCGUUUUGGUACGAAGUUCGUGUGAUCUAGUGUUUUUUUUCUGUAGAACGCAAACGCCCUUUAUCUCCCGUCCGAUUUAACGAACUGCAGGUGCAGGGAAAGCCGAAACACGUGCAUGUGAAUAAGUGUUCCGUAUUAUAGCCCGCCGGGAAAACGCGUAGAGACAGGACGGGAGGUUUCCUAUGUAGUGUUGUGUUUAAAGCAGUGUAGUGACAACGCAUCGAUCAACAGCUCGCCCGAUUUGCGCCGCAAGAACGUUUAGACAUAUUCGCUCAUCGCAGCUCGCUGCCUGGAAAAACUGCACCGAACAGGCGAAUCGCGCAGAGAGGCCGGCAUUCCGAGAUAACCAUCAUAACCAUCGCAUAUAGGAAAGUACUAUCAACAAUUUGUUGCUCUUGGACAGACAGAGAGGAAAACGGACUGCUAGUCAUCCAAUACCACCCAUCAAAGGCACACUGUCGAACCGUUUUUCGCUGAUAAAUGUUAAUUUUUGGAGAUAGUGGACUGGCAGCCAGCACCAUUACGGCACGGUGGACGCAAAUGGGUCCAGGGCCAACGGCCGGAUCGUUGGUCCCGGAUGACACGAAUGGAUCCGGCGUCGAUGGCAGCAAACAUUUGGAUGUCGGCGAUAUGAGCGAUGACGAAAAGGAUCUCUCGUCAGCAGAUGCCGAAGGUGUCUGGAGUCCGGAUAUCGAGCAGAGUUUCCAGGAGGCGCUUGCCAUAUACCCACCAUGCGGCCGCAGAAAAAUCAUCCUCUCGGAAGAGGGGAAGAUGUACGGCCGCAAUGAGCUUAUCGCUCGAUACAUAAAGCUGCGCACGGGAAAAACGAGAACUCGUAAACAAGUCAGCUCGCACAUACAAGUAUUAGCUAGACGAAAGCUACGUGAAUUUCAGGCCAAAAUGAAAGUGCAAUUUUGGCAGCCGGGCCUACAGCCGAGUACUUCACAGGAUGUUAAGCCGUUCGCACAGCCUGGCUAUCCGAUGAAAACAGCCACCACGGUAUCGGACGGUGCAUUACAGCCGGCACAUCAAUGGGAGGGCAGAGCGAUUGCGACCCACAAAUUUCGUCUGGUUGAGUAUAGCGCAUACCUGGAGCUGCGUGCUGAAGAAACUUACCACAAACACUUGUUUGUGCACAUAGCCGAAACCGCGGCAAACCCUUCGCUCGAGUCGGUGGAGGUGAAAGAAAUCUACGAUAAGUUCCCGCAGAAAUCCGGUGGUCUCAAGGAGCUGUAUGAGAAAGGUCCCAGCAACGCGUUCUUCCUCGUGAAAUUCUGGGCCGACCUCAACACAAACAUCGCUAACGAUGCUGGGGCGUUCUAUGGUGUCAGUAGUCACUACGAGAGCAAUGACAAUAUGGUGAUUACGUGCUCGACAAAGGUGUGCUCGUUCGGCAAACAGGUUGUCGAGAAGGUGGAAACUGAAUACUCCCGAAUAGAGAACGGCCGUUACGUGUACCGGAUUAGUCGAUCACCCAUGUGUGACUACAUGAUCAAUUUCAUCAACAAGCUCAAACACCUUCCCGAGAAGUAUAUGAUGAACAGUGUGCUGGAAAAUUUCACCAUCCUGCAGGUUAUAUCCAACAAAGAAACCGACGAAACAUUGCUGUGUGUAGCCUUCGUAUUCGAGGUGUCCACGUCCGAACACGGGGCUCAGCAUCAUAUCUACCGUCUGGUGAAAGAAUAGCUAGAAAUCAACUAUCACAACGUGGAUCGUCGUAUAGGCAAUAACAGCUACAGCGUAAUUUUAAGUAAUCAUAAUACUAUUACUGGUAACUGCAGCGACGAAAGUAAGAAAGGAAGCAUCGAUAAUAGUAGGGCGAGUGCUAGUCGUAAAAAUUAUAACAACAACAACCACCACCACCACCACCAUAACGAUGCGAUCGAAUCCAACAUCGCCAUGGGAGAUUUCUGCGCGCUUUCGUUCGAAAAGCAACCCUCCAAAAUCACGGUCAAGCAUCUGACGGACUUGGCCGGCUGCUCCUGUUGUCCGGCGGAGGAGGAGGAGCUGGUAACGACGACUACCGUCCAGCACUCCUCCUCGCCCCCGGCACUUGAAGCGCACGACGAACUGCUGCUUCACCCGGCAGCACCAAUCGCCCCGCCAUCGUCGCUGGCACUGGAAACCGAUGCCAGCUACGCUGACGAAAGCGCCCUUCUGGCAUCUAGCACUCGUCAGCCCGAACACCACCAUGUGUCUGAGACUUUUUCCGUAGAGGAUGAUGAGCAAUUUCUUGUACAAACCUCUGUCAAACAGGAGAAAAACGUAUGAAUAUUCUUAAUCUUAUAUAUCAACACACACACACACGCGGACGCUGACGAUUCUCUAACAACGUAACGCCGUUGGCGAACAUAAAGCAAACAAAAAGGGUGUACACUACAGCCGCAGCGCAAAGGACAUGUUCAUGUCCUUCCCUCCCCCUGUACAACCGCUACUGCGUGAUUGAAAGGCAGCUCCUGGUAUUUAUUAAGUAUUUUUCUGGCCAAGAAUACUACAACAAAAAAGCAAACGAUAAAUAAAACCAUUUGCCUAUCCGGCCCAUACCAGA